AUGAAAUUUACUGAUGGCACAAAUUUGGGAGAUGUGAUCAGUACAGAGGAGGAUCGGAGUAUUCUACGGAAAGAUUUGUGUGACCUUGAAGACAGGAAUAACAGAAAUGGGAUGAAAGUCAAUAGUGCAAAGUGCAACGUCAUCCACUUAGCAUCUAAUAAUAGGAAUUUCUACUACAAACUGGGGCCUCAUCAAUUGGAAGCAGUGGAGGAAGAGAAAGACCUGGGAGUGCUACUCGAUCAUGGGAUGACUCUGAGCUAUGACUGUGAUGAGUCUGCAAAAAAGACAAAUGCAAUCCUAGAGUGUAUCAGAUCUUUAUUCAGGCCUAACAAUAACCAGAAGUGGGGAACCGUGUGUGAUGAGGGCUGGGACUUACAGGAUACUGUAGUCGUGUGCAGGCACUUGGGCUGUGGGACGGCGUUAUCAGCCCCAGGGCUGGCUGAGUUUGGAGAAUGGUCUGACCCCAUCUGGCUGGCUGAGAUUAACUGCACAGGGACAGAAGUUGCCCUCUCUGAAUGCAGAGCUAGUCCUUGGGGAGAAAACUGUACCCACAGCAGAGAUGCCGGUGUUGACUGUUCAGGUUUGACCAUUUUGGAACACACUCAGCUCCGCCUGGUGAACGGCCCAAGUCACUGUGCUGGCCGAGUCGAGGUGCUUCAUGACCAGAAAUGGGGAGCCAUAUAUGAUCACAGCUGGGAUAUUAAUGAUGCCAAAGUCGUGUGCAGGCAGCUGGCAUGUGGGGCAGUGUUAUCAGUCCCAGACAAAGCUUGGUUUGGAGAAGGGUCUCACCCCUUCUGGCUGAAUGAGAUUAACUGCACAGAAACAGAAGCUUCCCUCACCGAGUGCAGGACUACUUGGGGAGACCAUAACUGUACUCAUGAAGAAAAUGCCGGUGUUGUGUGCUCAGCAGUCCCAGCUCCGGCUGUGAACAGCCAGAGUCGCUGCACAGGAAGAGUCGAAGUGCUUCAUAACCAGCAAUGGGGAACCGUGUGUGAUCACAGCUGGGACCUACAAGAUACUGGAGUCGUGUGCAGGCAGCUGGGCUGCGGGACGGCAUUAUCAGCCCCAGGAAGAGCGCGGUUUGGACAAGGCUCUGACCCCAUCUGGCUGAAUGAUGUCCACUGCACAGGGACAGAGGCGGCUAUCACCGAAUGCAGGGCCAAGCCCUGGGGAGUCCAUAACUGCACCUAUGGAGAAAUUGCUGGGGUUGUGUGCUCAGGUUUAUCUAUUUCAGAGCCUGCUCAGCUCCAGCUGGUGAAUAGCCCACUUCGCUGUGCAGGGAGAGUCGAGGUGUUCCUGAGCCAGCAGUGGGGAACUGUGUGUGAUGAUGACUGGGACUUUCUUGAUGCCAGAGUUGUGUGCAAGCAGCUGGGCUGUGGGAUGGCAUCAUUAGCACCACAUGACGCUCACUUUGGACGAGGAUCUCACCUUAUCUGGCUGGAUCGUGUUAACUGCACACGGACAGAAGCUGCCCUCUCCGAAUGCAGGGCUAGGCCUUGGGGAGUGCAUGACUGUUACCAUGCAGAAGAUACCAGUGUUGUGUGCUCAGGGCCUGCAAUGUCCUUGGCGUCUGGCUUCUCUGCUCUGCCUUGGUUCUGCUCCUGCUGGGAUCUGCCCCGAUCAUCACCUGCAUCCUGGAGAAAGGAGCCCCCAACCUCCCUGAGCCCCUGAGAACUGGCAAUGGCAGCCAGUGGCAGGCGGGAGAGGACCCAGCGAUGGGAGACGAGUCGGUUAUAUAUGCCAAUGUCCCAAGUCUUUUGGCACCCAGAGACCUCAACGAGAGAUGUACUGACUAGGAGGACACUAGCAACACAGGGCUGCGGGGAAGCCUGGCUUGGAACGGGGAGAUGGCAUCUUCAACUCCUAGUGUCCAAACAUUCCACCCUCCAUGUCUCUUGCACUAGUGCAUGCAAGGGGCACGUCCCACAUUGCUGCUUCUACCUCCAGCAAGGAGAGGGCCAUGCUUGCAGCAUAUGUCCUGAGCGGCCUUUAAUGGAACAAGGAUCACUGCAUAAUACAUCUACAAUACGUUUUGAGGUGAAUACACUGCCUCGCGACAGAAAGGCUCAGCAAUUUUGGAAUCGAGGAAACAUUUUUAAACUACUUCAGUCAAGCGUUCUACAAAUUGAAUACUGACGUGUUCAGCAAAGUAACAGGCCAUUCUUAACUCUGCAUUUUUAACUUGCUCUUCAAAUGUUUUUGCUUUUUUAAUUUCACAAUCUUGUUUAUUAAACAUAUCAUCAAUUUCCUGUG